AUGCUAAAGUUUAAGCGAUGCAACUUGAGAGGUGCUUCUCCCCGGAAACUUGUGUCAUUGAAGGGAAAGGCAUCGGAAAUGGGCGGUUACUUCAUCGUGAAUGGCCUUGAGAGAUAUAUUCGACCUAUAAUUAUGCCAAAACGAAAUUAUCCAAUGAGUACGGUACGAAGUUCAUUUAGUGAAAAGCGGGAAGGAUAUGCUGAUAAAGCAGUUGUAAUAAGGUGUGUAAGAGCUGAUCAAACCUCAUUAACGGUAAAAUUAUAUUGCCUUCGUAAUGGGAGUGCAAGGCUUGGUUUCUGGAUACAAGGAAGAGAGUACAUGCUUCCUGUGGAAGAGAACUGUAUCGGGAAGAAGAUAACCAAGUGCAUCGUUGCCGAUGAUUCAAAAGUCAUCGACGGUGUUUCUCACUCCGAAUUUGAAGCUUCCGUCAUCGGCAAAACCAUUGUCGCAGCUCGCCGGAAGGGCAAGAACAUGUGGCUUCAGCUCGAUUCUCCGCCGUUUCCUUUCUUCCAAUUCGGUAUGGCUAGUGCGAUAUACAUCAGGGGAGUUGCAGUAAUAAAUUACAAAAGGUCUGCUGUAAAUGAUGAGGAUGAAUGGCCUUCCAAAUAUUCAAAGUUUUUUAUUCAGCUAGAUGAUGGUUUGGAGAUAUCUUUCACUGACAAAAGGAGAUUUGCAAAAGUUCGCCUGCUCAAAGAUCCGACAUCAGUGCCUCCCAUAUCCGAGCUUGGUCCUGAUGCACUCUUUGAACCCAUGACACUUGACGAAUUCACUGGGCGUUUGCACAAGAAGAAAACUGAAAUCAAGGUUUUAUUACUAGAUCAAAGCUAUAUUUCAGGUAUUGGAAAUUGGGUUGCAGAUGAAGUGCUCUACCAAGCAAGGAUUCAUCCACAGCAGUCAGCUUCUAGUUUGUCGGGAGAAAACUGCUCAACUUUGUAUGAGUGUAGUAAAGAGGUUAUUGAAAAAGCAGUUGAAGUUGAAACACGUAACCAAGUACAACAUCAGCCAACUCCAAUGGCAACGGAAACGCAUCAAUGGCAGAACCUGCAAAACCAAACUGAAGAAAACUCAAUUAAUAUCCAACAGAAAACUCAAUUAAUAUCCAACAGAAAACUCACUUCCGAUAAUCCAAAUGCAACCACAACAAGCUUGCAGCAACUUUUUUCUCGUUCCCCGCUGAACACGCCUCAGGCAGCAGCAACACAACAUCGAAUGCCGGCAGUUAGUAUGUCAGCCACAACUCUUAACCGAGCACCAAGUCAUUUGCAAAACCAACAAUACAGAGCAGAAUAA